AGCCUGCUCUCCUCCGGCUUCAGAGACACAGCGAGGUUAGACCCCUCACAUCACCGAAAGGGACUUGAAACUAUCUCUUGUUACAGCACCGCAGACCUCCGGGUGCAUCUGCUGCGAGCAUGAUUAAGAAAAUGUCGCCAGCCGAGAAUGAGUUUGACAUACCGGCCAAGAACUGCCACAGGAUGGUGAUCCUGGGCUCCACUAAAGUUGGGAAGACAGCCAUCAUCUCCCGGUUUCUGAACGAGAGGGUCGAUGACCAGUACACACCUACUAUUGAGGACUUUCAUAGGAAACUCUACAGCAUCCGUGGAGAUGUUUAUCAGCUGGACAUUUUGGACACAUCUGGAAAUCAUCCCUUCCCUGCAAUGAGGAGGCUUUCAAUACUUACCGGUGAUGUGUUCAUCUUGGUAUUCAGCCUGGAUAACAGAGACUCCUUCCAGGAGGUGCAGCGCCUGAAGCGUCAGAUUUACGAGACCAAGUCCUGCCUGCGAAACAAAACCAAGGAGAACGCGAGCGUCCCGCUGGUCAUCUGCGGCAACAAGUGUGACAGAGACUUUUACCGUGAGGUGCAGGAGGACGAGAUCGAGCAGCUGGUCGGCGGAGAGGAGCACUGCGCAUACUUUGAAAUCUCAGCAAAGAAAAACACCAACGUGGACCAAAUGUUUCAGACUCUCUUUACCAUGGCCAAGCUGCCCAACGAAAUGAGCCCCGACAGGCACUGCAAAGUUUCCGUGCAGUACAGCGAGAUGCUCCACAGAAAGUCCUUCAGAAACAAGAAGUGCAAAGACGGGAUCGCGUAUGGGAUUGUGGCGCCGUUUGCACGGAGACCCAGCGUGCACAGUGACUUGAUGUACAUAAAGGAGAAAGCUAUAGGAGGCAGCCAGGCCAAAGAGAAAGGUUGCGUCAUAUGCUGACAUUUUCUAAGCCUGUGCAAAAGACUUUCUGUGAGACUUUCCAGAACUGCAGCGAGCCAUUCUGCAUACAGGGGCACACAAGCCCCAAAAACUGUAGACUUGAGUCCCUGAGGCCACAGUAACACACUGUAAUCCAAAAUGUGAUGAGACAAACGGGGCAAGUGGCUCAGGUCAUAGACCUGUCCCUAGUGUAGUGAUGCAGUAGAUGCCAUGAAAAUGCUGUAAAAUCUGCCUCUGCAUUAGUUUACUGAGAGAGAUACCUGAGAAAAAUAAUGUUUACAUUUUCCUAUUUUUUUUUCCAAACAUGGUGGAACUUGCAUUAUUUGUUGCAUUAUGAACAAACCUGAAUGUGUAUUUAUUAUGUCUGCGUCUACUUUUUGGAUAAAAGAUAAAAUAAAACCACUUGUUACUUUCA